AUGUCAAUAAACAAGUGGAGGAUAGAUUUCACAAAUCUCUCGGAUCAGGCAAGAAAAGUUGAAUUACGAGGUCAUCAUGUGAUAGUUGAUCCUCCAAACCCACCAGGUUUUGAAAAUUCUGUUCAAAUCACCGCUUCAGGCUCAAGAAGUAGUUUGGAUAACACUCAAAUUAGUCAAACAGACAAAGAUCAAGAAGAACUUAAGAGAAAAAAAGCAUGGGAGGCUGCUAUCUCUCCUGGAAAAAAUAUACCUAUGAGCGUUUUCAUGUUAUGGAUGAGUGGAAAUAGUGUACAAAUAUUCAGUGUUAUGAUCACUGGAAUGUUGUUUUUUCAACCAAUAAAGGCCUUAAUGAGUAUAGAAGGUGUAUUUGAAAGAUACGAAUCGAUAAAAACUAAAUCUGAUUUAAUAUUGCCAAAAAUUGUUUAUGUUCUUUUACACCUUCUUACAAUGGGACUCGGGUUAUAUAAAUGCUUUUCUAUGGGACUUUUGCCUACGGCAACUUCAGAUUGGUUGGCAUUCAUGGAACCUAAACAGAUCCUCGAAUAUUCUGCAGUGUUAUGA